GACAUGCAUCGCGGCGCUGAGGGCUAUGCAGGCCAACGACAGCGUGCGGCGGCUGAUGGGCACCGCUGCCCGACUGGGCUGUGUGGCGGCCGCCGCCAACGACCCGCGCCGCAACCUGGGGGCGCAGCUGGACGCGGAUGCGGACUUCAGGGAGGGCGGUCCCAACACGGUGGGUGUGGCGGGCUCCGUGCUGGGCCUCAUCCCCUUCAUGGUGCUGGUGGCCAUCAAGAGGAUACCGCCGGGACAGCACAUCAUGUACAGCUACGGCGCCAGCUACUGGUCCCUUCACGCGGAGGAGGCGCAGGCGGCGCGGGAUAUGGAGGAGGCCCUGGCGCGCGAGGAGGAGGAGCGGCGGCGGCGGCAGGCGGCAGAGCGGUGCGUUCAGGAGGAAAGGCAGCGGCGGGACGCGGCGGAGAGGCAGGCGGCGGCGGAGGCGACGGCGAGGGAGGAGGAGCGGCGGAGGCGGCUGGAGCUGGAGGAGGAGGUGCAGCGGCUGCUGCGGAGGGAGAGGGAGACGGAGGAGAGGGAGGAGCGGCGGAGGCAGGAGCGGGCGGAGGAGCAGAAGAGAAAGGAGGAGGAGAAGGAGCGGAUAAGGGUUGAGAAGGAGCGGCGGAAGGAGGAGGAGAGGGAGCAGCGGCGGAAGGAGAGAGAGGAGCGGAAGAAGGAGGAGAGGGCCCGGCUGCGUGAAGAGCGAAAGCGGAAGCAGGAGCUGGAUGAGGGCGGGAAGGACCCACAGCAGCAGCAGCAGCCGCCCUCACAGCACCCACAACAGCAACAGCGGGACAGCGCGACCGACACCGCCACUGCUGCUGAACCAGCCUCAGCGGUGGGCGCUGCCCCUCCUCCCCGCGCUUCCUCAGAUGCUGCCGCCGCCGCCGCCACUGCCGCCGCAGCUUCCGCCCCCCUCACCGCUGCUGUGCCGGCGUCACCUCGGCCCCCUGCUGCUGCCCUUCCUGCUACCGUUGCUGCGGCUGCAGCAGCGGGGGCAGGUGCUUCUACCCCCCGCUGCGCCAGUCCCUCCCUGCGCUCGCCGCUCAAGCUGCCCAAGUACUCGCCACGACCCCAGGCGUCCCCGUCGGCAGGAGCGGCAGCGCGAUUGGCAGGAGCGGCAGCGGGGUCGGCAGGAGCGGCAUCAGCCGCUGUACCGGCUGCCAAUGACCUGCCAGCAGCCACGGGGAAGGGGCCGGCGGCGGAAGGUGGGGAGCGCCCGGAGGCAACGGCGAUUACGGCAGCAGCAGGGUCACAGGCAGAGGCGGCGGCGGCGGGGGGCAUGAAGUCGCUGGGGUCACCGCUGGGGAAGCGGCCCCGACAGGGCAACCUUGAGGAGGAGGAGGCGAACCCAGGCCCCCGCUCUCCCCGUCAGCGCACCGCUGAACCAGCCGCUGAACCAACCGCUGAACCACCCCCGGCAGCACCCGCUGCAGCACCCGCUGCAGCUCCCAAGGGAGGCCCCGUCACCACCUCCCUCCUCAGGCGGGCAGCUGCCGCCGCCCGCGGCGCCCUGAACUUCAGCCGCCAGCCGUCACGACAGGCAACAACCACAGCAACAACAGCGCCACAGGCGACGAAUACCGCCGCUGCGGCAGCCACCUCUGCCGUCCUCACUGCCAUCACCGCCGCCACCAUACUACAUGCACCUCUCCCACUCCCCGCAGCCUCCGGCAGCUCGGAUACCACCACCACGUCUGCGGCUUCGGAGACGACCGGGACGCAGGUACCAGCUGCCUUAACAUGGGAGCCCGCUGCAGCUGCUACCGCUGCUACUGCCGCCAGGGCUGCUGAAACACAGCUCCCGCCCGCGGGGAGGGGUUGCACCGGCGACAGCGGUAGGGCCCCCAGCUGUACGGCAGCCCCGGCUGCUGCUGACGACAGUAGGAUUGCAGCCACAUGUGCUGCUGGUUCACCGGCAGCACCUGCUGUAGAUGCCGCCGCCAACACCGCCGCCGUGGAGAACCGUCCCUAUAGCACUGGCAGCGGCGGCGGCGGUAGCGGCGGUAGUAGCCCUGACGUCAGCCCAAGUAUGGUUACCGCUAGCGGUGCCGCCACCCCGGUAGCUGCUGCCACUGCUGCUGCUGCUGGCAGUACGGGCAUGGGACUGGCGGCGGCAGGCGGCAGCAUGUCGAACCCAAACACCGGCAACAGCAGCCGCAGCCACCCAAGCACCUCUCGGCCCUCUUCCCGCCUUCGUCUGCAGCGACGGCACCCCAACCCGCUGCUGCAAGACGCUGACUUUGCCGCAACCGCCGCUGCUGCCUUUCACCAGUACCGGACCCGUAUGGAUCAGGAGCAGGGCGGG